AUGUCCGACGUCGAUCGACUCCUCGCGCUCGUCGAGAAGAUGCUGCCGCUGGGCAAGGACGAAUGGGAGCGACUGGCGAUGACGUACAUCGCCAACGCGGUGCGCCCGAGAGAGACUACGAGAGCCUUCGGCCCGACCGGCGUGCAGGAGACGCCCCCUCACAUCAAGAAGGCGAAGGUGGUCAAGCUGGCCGUCGACGCCAAGGCCAACGUCGUCGAGAUGGACGCCGUGGCCGACGACGACCAGCCCGACUUCUGCUUCGAGGUGGACCCGGACGACAGCUUACCGACCGGCGGCGAGUCGCUGGGCUCCGACGAAUCGCUCAACGACGAGUCGACGGUUUAUAGCCGCUCAACGAGCCGGGGCGAGUUCCAGGACUUGCUGACGUCGCCACCGGGCAUGGAAGGUUUCGAUGACCUUGCCCAUACACCACAUCCUGCACCCGGCCGAGCGGGGCCAAGUGCACGUCGUUCGGGCUCUGGAGGGCCACCGCCAUCACGCAAGGCGGCCGUCAAUGCUACCAGCGGCGAAGCUUCGCUGCCGACGCAGCAACCUGCGACGCAAGCUGCUGCUGCUGUCAGCCGCGACGAUCUCGAAGCGGCCAGGUACCCCAAGCUCCAGACGUCGUCGAACCGCCUUGGUGGCACUGAUCUGUCAAGCUUCCGCGACACCAUUGGCGUCAAGCGCGCGAGAGAAGACAAGAAGGACACGGCCGAGGCAAGCUACGCCAAGGCUAAGAGGAUCCGCGCCAUGAAGGCGACCACUGCCCUCAAGUCGAAGUUGGACGGCAUCGAGAGCAACUCCAGCAGCAUGCGCGGCAGCAUCCUCGAAACGCUGCUGGUGCUGCGCGAGGAGAGCGAAAGGAAGGCUAAGGCCCGACUGUCGUAA